ACUAUUCAAAGCUAGGUUAUGUUGUAGUCGUUUGUGUCAAAUUGUACAACAAUAACUUUGAAUUCAUCUACGUUAUCAUGGCUAGCUUAGUUCGUAUAUCCCUUCGGAGUAUAGCUAGCCCUCUAACAAACCAAACGGUUGGAAAACAUGAUAUAAAAAUUGUAAGAACUAUCACCAGUAAACUUUUCAAAGUAGUAAGUCCUGACGAUAAGCCCAAACCCAAACCAUGGCCAUAUAAAGAAAAAAAGUAUACUUUUUUGCAUCAAUUCCUGGAUAAAACAACUUCGAGAUUUGAUGAAAACUCUAAAGUUAUUGUCGUAGAAGGUCCGAUUGCUUCUGGUAAAAGUGCUUUCGCGAAACAACUGGCUGAAGAUUUAGACAUGCUUUAUAUGCCUGAAGCCAAUCUUGAUAUGGUUUAUAUCAACGAGUAUGGAUUUGAUUUCAAAUCUCUUGAUAAUCAAUUACCCGACGUGUGUAAAAGUUUUGAUGUGAAGAAUUUUCUCAUGAAUCCAAGGCAUUCAAUGGUUGCCCCUUUCCAAGUAGAUCAAUAUUGCAUUAAAUUUAACCAAUAUAUAGAUGCUUUAGCCCAUCUCUUCAGUACUGGUCAAGGUGUUGUUUUAGAUCGAUGUUGUUACUCUGAUUUUGUUUUUGCUGAGGCUAUGUAUAGCCAAGGUUACAUCUCUAAAGGAGCAUAUAAUGCCUACUAUGAAGUGAGGGACAGAUCUAUAGAUGAAUUACUACGCCCACAUCUUGUCAUCUAUCUGGAUAUUCCAGUGGCAAAAGUUCAAGAAAAUAUUCAAAGGAGGAAUAUACCUUCUGAAGUUAAAUCUCCUGCAUUGACCAAGGAAUAUCUCACAGCCUUAGAGAAAUUCUACAAACAAAAAUAUUUGAAAGAUAUCAGCACUCAUGCUGAGCUCUUAGUUUAUGAUUGGUCUGAGGGAGGAGAUCCAGAGGUAGUGGUGGAGGAUAUUGAAAGAAUUGAUUUUGAUUCUUACGAUGAACAACAAACUCAAAUGGGAGAUUGGGUACACGAAAAUGAAGAAGAUUGGGCUUGCCUCAGAAGGAAGUAUUGUAAUCAGAAAGAGCAACUUAUGGCCCUCACUAAUGCACCCAUGUACAAUGUUCCAGAAAUGUUGAUGGGACCCGAAGAAGCUGAUUUAUGGGAUAACAUGUGGACUACUGCACCUGGUAAUAAGUAUGAACAAGGAUUCAAUACUGAUAUGGGAGAUAAAAAUAUUCUAUUUAAAACCAAGGGUAAAUACCGCCAAACUCUACCUCUUAGAGAAAGAAGGCCUUUCUGAAGUUGCUGGACAACAGACUUGGUAUUAUCAACAGUACACCAUCAGAUUUCGUAAAACACAAUAAAAUUUGGAAGUGUAAAUAAAUAUUUAACAGUU